GCGGCCGCGAAUUAACAGUCGGCCGGAGAACACGAUAUAACGUCGAUAACGGACAGUCGGCCGGGACGUGCAUGUGACCACAACAGAAUAUCGCGCUGUUUAUUUUUGUUCCUCUGUUAUUGUAGUUUCGUCGGUCUUCCGUUGGCCCUCCGUCUCAUGACGUCGAAUUUGCCGCUCGCGUCAUAAUAAUAUAUGCCGCACGAUCCGAUGUACUUAAUAAACUUAUAACCACCGGUUGUACAACGUAACGAAAUCAUAUCAUAAUAAUAAAGGUAUAGUCCGGGAUACCUGACGACGACCGUUGACCAUAACAUUAGUGGCACUGGCCGCCACUGGAGCUGGGAAUCAACCACUGACUCGCCGGACGUCUACUUUUAAAUAGUUUAGCGGUGGACGUUGGUGAUCGGAUGGAGGACGAGUGCGAUGGUGGUGCCGGCUGAAGAAGAGCGGACGGCGAAAGUUGUCGUCGCCGCCGUCUCGUGCUACAGGUGGCGGGCGUGCGCGGACGUCAACGACACGAGGUCUGAUAUUAUGACGUCUCGUUUCCAGUCUUCGCCGGCGUUAACGACGGCCUUGCUCCUGCUCCUAUUGGACACCGUUUUCGCCACCGUUUCCAUCACCCGGCAUCAUCGAGGAGACGUGUUCGACGUGUCAGACGUGAAAUGUUCGAUGGAAACUUGUGUCGGAGUGAGCAGCGGUACGGCAUCGCUGGUCGACGCCAUCGUAGCGGCAGAACGCGAUUACCCGUCAUCGGUCGGUAGCAGAGGCUACAAACAAUCGACCGGAACGUCCAUGGAAUCGUUGCACAACGGCAACUGCAGGUGUCAGUGCAUACAACCCGUGCCUGUUUUCAGGGACGAUUUACGGAUAUGUGUCGACGAUCUGCAAGGUGAGUGUAUUUUAUGUAUCCAAAUCUACUCUACAAUAUUGUAAGCGAAUACUUAUUAAUCAUUAUUACACAGCCAUAUUUAUGUAUAUAGAUAAUUAUGUACAGUACCUAGUACAUUAUAUAAUAUACUACCUAUACUAAACGUGCGACAUUUUCUUUCACGCGCGUACAAUAAUACAAUUAUUGUAUAUAUAGUGACGGGCGACGAUGGAUGGACCUUAUUGAACAUUGCCGCCGAGUACUAGUUUCAAGUUUCGACAGUUUCGUACGAAAUAUAAUAACAAAAAAAUAAAAUAAAAUAUUAUCUGGUAGUGGGCAAAUAAACCGUGAAAAAUUCAAUCGGCCGUGUUAAAUAUCAACAUGCGUAGAGAGAAAUCCGAGUAUCCGACAAGAAACAAUAUGUAUACGGAAGACGUAAAUAUUUUAAUAAUAUAAUAUAACAACACUAACCUAGUAACACGGAUUCGAUGAAUCUAACGUGGAUCAUUAAUAAUUAAUUAGUAAUCGCAUUUUCGUUAUUUAAGAAAAAAAUCUUUGUGUUUAACAGAACGAUUAAUUUUUUAAUAAUUACCUAAAUGAUUUUGAAAAAUUUUCACUUUAAAAAAAAUAGCUGAACCAUACAAACGAUGACUAAUAGUGAGAGAAUAUCAUAAUUUUAACAUUUUUUACGUCUUUUUAUAUGUUCCAAGCUUUAAAUAGAAUUAUGUACCUACAAUUUAUAUCAUAUGAUUGCAUUUAUACAAUGCAAAUAUUUAAUAUUCAGAUAAUCGUUGACUAGGCUUGUGAUAUUAUUUUAACAGAUAUUUUAUUAAAUGUUUGACAUUGGUAAUAACUUGACUUUCGUUCUCUUUUUAAACUGAAUAUUAUUUUGUUUACCUAAAAUUUA